AUGUUUACUUCAGAAGAAUUGAAUCGUAGUAAAUGGGCGAAAGAGGAAGCCGGUAAAAGAGUUGCUUCUUAUGUUUUGAUGCCUUCCUUUUGGAACAACAUUGUCUUUAGCCUUAAGGUUUCCGGUCCUCUUAUUCCGGUUUUGAGAUUAGUUGAUGGCGAGAGAAAGCCUCCCAUGGGAUACAUUUAUGCGGCUAUGGAUAGGGCUAAAGAAGCCAUUGCAAAAUCAUUUGGGGGAGUAGAAGAUAAAUACUCAAAUAUUUUUGAAAUAAUUGAUAAGAGGUUAGUCCCGGAUGUCAAAGACCAAGACAAAAUUACUGAGGAGCUGUCCUUAUAUUCUAAAGCUGAGGGCCUCUUUAGUAAUCCCUUUGCUAUUAGACAGAGAAGUACACGAGGACCAGCUAAUUGGUGGGAAGCUUAUGGCAAGUCAACAAAACUUCUCCAAAAGUUUGCUAUAAAGCUUCAUAACAAGAAAAGAAAUAGGCUCGCUCAAACAACGUUGAAUGAUUUAGUGUUCAUCAAAUAUAAUAGAGCAUUAAGGCAUCGAUAUAAUAUGCGUAACACUCUUGAUCCCAUUUUACUCAAUGACAUUGAUGAGAGCAACGAGUGGUUGACGGGGUGGAUGGAUGAUUCUGAUGCAGAACAUGAUCUAGUCUAUGAAGAUGAUUCCUUGACAUGGGGUGAUGUUGCUAAUUUUGCUAGUAUUGGAGAGGCAAGCAGGCCGCAACGGUCUACUAGAUCAAAAUCUAGUUCUAGUUCACGGUUACCAACAAAGGGAGCAGGAAGUUCUUCAAUUCGACUUGUGGAUGAGGAUGAGGAUGAUUCAGAUGAGAUAGAAAAGGAUCCUGAGAAUUAUGAAUCAUUUAGUGACGAUCAAAAUGAUGUUAUGCUUAUUGAUGACGAAGAUGAUAUUUAG